CGUGGUGGCCGUGGUGGUGGCCGUGGCGGAGGACGGGGAGGGGGAGGAUUCGAACCAAGAGAACCCCCUGCUCCUGAUGUCUACAAGGGAAUUGACGGUCGUGGUGCCCCUGAGCCCGACGCCCAGAUCACCAAACUCGAGGACGACUGGAUCAAGAAGCAUGUCAGCAACAAUCUGGUCACUUCAAUGAGCAAGCUUUCGCUCAGCGACAAGGAGAAAGCCAACAACUUGCCGGUUCGCCCUGGCCAUGGCACAACGGGCGGGAAGGUGAAGCUUUGGGCCAACUACUUCAAAAUCAACAUCAAAUCACCAGCGGUCUACAGGUACACCAUCAAAGUUGCCGCCAGCGAGGAAAUGCUCGGAAAGGAAGCUGAGGUCGCAUCGAAGAAAGUGGAGGUGGUGAUUGGGAAACUGCUCGAGCAGAUUGGCGCCGACGCACAGUCCGUGGCGAUUGCCAGCGAUUUCAAAGUGCACCUGGUGACGGCAACGAAGCUCAAGGUUCCCGAGAACCGCAUUUUCCAGGUGACAUGGACCGAGCCGAGUUCCAACCAGAACUUGGCCAAUAAGCCCCAGACUUGGGUUGUCAAGGUUGAGGAGAGUGUCGAAAACUGCGACCUCGGCAAGGUGCUGAACGAGCUUACGACGCUUGAUCCCAAGCUCGACGGAGAUUUCCCCAAAUACAAUGUGGAACUCGAUGCCCUCAACACCAUCGUCACUCAUCAUGCCCGCGCCGACGAAAAUGUUGCGGUGGUGGGAAGGGGAAGGUUUUUCGCCUUCGGUGAUGACCUCGUUGAACAAAAGCGGCCCGAAGACUCCCCUUUGGUCAUCUUGCGUGGAUACUUUGCCAGCGUCCGUCCAGCUACCGGAAGACUUCUGCUCAAUACCAACAUCACGCAUGGCGUCUUCCGUCCUGGCAUCAAACUUGCACAGCUGUUCCAGGAACUUGGACUUGACGUAAUGGACAAAUGCCACGCCUGGAGCCAAGGGGACAAAGAAAGGCUCAACAACAAGAUGCGCAGAGUUCACAAGGUCCUGGCGAAAGCCCGCGUUGAGGUAAACCUCCCAUUCAUCGCUGAUGGAAAGGUUGCUUGGAAGAAAUGUCACCGCACGCUCAACGGCAUUGCGAACCGUAGCGACGAAAGGGUGGUGAAGCCAAAGAAGGAUGGCGAUGCCCCCCAUCCACCACUGUUCGGGAUUCCCAAUCUCCAGAUGGGCGGCCCGGCCUCUGUUCAGUUCUACCUGCGUGCGCCACAGACAAAGAGUGGCUCUGCCCCUCCUCCGGUCCCCGGCCUGCCGACCAACGCGUACAUCACGGUAGCGGAUUACUACAAAAAACGGUACGGAUUGGCAGCAAAUCCUUCGCUUCCUCUGGUCAACGUGGGCAGUAAAGAAAAGGCUAUCUACGUCUUGGCCGAGCUCUGUACGCUGGUCAAAGGUCGCUCCGUCAAGACUAAACUAAACGCGAACGAAGCGGACGCCAUGAUCAAGUUUGCGUGCAGAGCUCCUUCGCUGAACGCCCAGUCUAUCGUGACGAAAGGUAGACAGACCCUUGGUCUUGAUAAAAGCCUGACGCUUGGCAAGUUCAAGGUCUCGGUCGACAAGGAGCUGCUUACCGUCGUCGGACGUGAGCUCCAGCCUCCGGUGCUUACGUACCACGGUGACAAAAUGGUACAGGCGAACGAUGGCGGGUGGUUGAUGAAACAAGUCAAGGUGGCCAGAGCUGGCCGCAAGAUUGAGAAGUGGACGUACUUGGAAUUGAUGGAAAAGCGGAACCCCAACGUCAAUCCCGUGCCCAACGCAAUGGUACCGCAAGCUAUGACAGAUUUUGCCAGAUUCCUGAACAUCACGGGCAUCCCGAUCAACCCCAACUUCCCGCCAGGCCAAUCCCUUGCGAUUCCAGGGAGCGAGAAAGAGUUUGUAGCCAGCGUGAAGGCAAUCAUGACCCAGACCCAAUUUAUUGUGGUUCUUCUACCCAAAAAGGACGUUACGCUCUACAAUUGGGUGAAGCGGGCUGCCGAUAUUACAUAUGGCGUCCAUACGGUCUGCGUGGUAGCCGAUAAGCUUCUUAACCCAAAGGGGCAGCUGGGGUAUUUUGCCAACGUGGGCCUCAAGAUCAACCUCAAGUUUGGCGGCACGAAUCACAAUAUCAAGACGCCAAUUCCUCUGCUCGCCAAGGGGAAGACCAUGGUGGUUGGUUAUGAUGUUACCCAUCCGACCAAUUUAUCGGCGGGACAAUCGCCUGCAUCGGCUCCCAGUAUCGUCGGCCUGGUCUCAACGAUCGACAGCCACCUUGGACAAUGGCCUGCAAUGGUUUGGAACAACCCCCACGGACAGGAAUCCAUGACCGAACAAUUUACAGAGAAGUUCAAGACGCGUCUGGAACUGUGGCGCAGCAAUCCCGUGAACAACCGCACUCUCCCCGACAAUAUCCUGAUUUUCCGCGAUGGCGUCUCUGAGGGACAAUUUCAGAUGGUCAUCAAGGACGAACUACCCCUGGUUCGCGCCGCCUGCAAGCUUGUGUAUCCAGCCGGCAAGCUACCGCGUAUUACGCUGAUUGUCUCUGUCAAGCGCCAUCAGACUCGCUUCUUCCCAACGGACCCGAACCACAUUCACUUGAGGUCGAAGAGCCCCAAAGAGGGUACCGUUGUUGACCGCGGCGUGACCAACGUCCGCUACUGGGACUUCUUCCUGCAGGCGCACGCGUCGCUUCAGGGCACGGCCCGCUCGGCUCACUACACGGUUCUGGUGGAUGAGAUCUUCAGGGCCGACUAUGGAAACGAGGCGGCCGACAUGCUGGAGAAACUGACGCACGACAUGUGCUAUCUCUUUGGGCGAGCCACCAAGGCCGUCAGCAUCUGCCCGCCCGCGUACUAUGCCGACUUGGUGUGCGACCGGGCGCGUAUUCACCAGAAGGAGCUCUUUGACGCCAUCGAUGACAACGAAAGCGUCAAGGCCGAUGCUUUCGCACAGUAUGGCAGCGCCGGGGCUAUUCACCCCAACCUUAGGAAUUCCAUGUACUAUAUCUAGGCUUGCCAACUGGGUGUGGAGAUGGAACUGGAGUAUAAAAGUGACGGGAAGUCGACAAGGUCAUGUUGGGAGGCCAAAAGAGAAAAAGCUGCUGUGUCGUCUCUGGAUAAAACGAAGCGUUUGCUUUUUUGGGGGCUUUUGAUUUCAUCAGCGAUUUGUUGCAUUCUUUCUCGUCUGUUUCUUGGCUCUUUCUCUCUGUCUGUCUGUACUGCAUACAUGCACUCUGGAUGAUGAACGACACCAUUUGAUGACUUGAUGAGAGAUGGCAGACUGCCGAUAUCGCGCGCAAUGAGAAGGGGAAAAGUAAAAGUGGGAAACAAGAACAAGGCGGUUUUGGUUACUUCAAUAGCGAAAUUAGGAGAAAAAAAUGAUAAAAACAUGAUUUGACAACU